GCGUGACACAACAUGUUAGACAACUAGCUUGCACCUCGGCCGAGGAAGAGCCCUUCCAGGCGCCGGCGGGUCAGCGGCUUAUGUUGGAGCGGGCAGCUCAGCUCUUUCUCCUCGGCGCGCUCCCAAAACGCGGGCCAGAAAUUCGGGAGAAGGGCCUCCGGCCGGGGGUCCGACGGGAGCGGCGGCCCGUAGCCGAUCCGCGUCUCGUCGCGGCGCGCCUCCACCACCAGGCCCCAUCCGCUCCGGAUUCCGUCAACGGCUUUGAUCUUGUGCAAAUAGAAGUGCCCGCGGCAGAUGGCCUCGUCUGGGGCGUCCUUGGUCCCGAGGUAGUGCUCAUUGUCUUCCCUAUUGCGCGCGUCCGCCCAGUCGUGAGCUGGUCCGUCCCAGUGUCGCUUCCCCGGGUGGUGCCGCACGGCCUUCCACCAGGGGGCCGCUUCGUCGGCUUUGGUGGGCCGCGGCCACUCCGUGGACACCACGUGGACCGUGCUGUUCUUGAACGCCGGGUCCCGCUCGGUCAGGACAGUGAUGAGGCGCGGCAGGAGGGGGCCGAGCAUCGGCCAGCCGGAUUUGUGUUCCGGAUCUUCCGGGUCGCCUCCGGACUCGACCAGCGCCACGCGCCGCAGGAACGGCUUCCAGUUCCGCGCGAGGGACGCGAUGACCCUGCGGCUCGCCAGCAAGAACGUGUCGUCGUAGCCGCACUUCCUGGCAAGGCCCAGGGUCCAGACGCCCCCGGGCAGCGCGCGAUAUAUGGUGUCCACGCACAGGAGCGCGUCGAGCUCCGAGCGCACGAGGUACUCGAAGUUCGAGUUCUUCAGACUCCAGCGGAACAUCCACAGCACGAAAUCGCGCCAGAAGUAGGGGUGUGCCGUCCGGUUCUUGCCCUCCUGCGAGAUCGUCGGGUCGUCGAGGUAUAUGAUCGGCGCCAGCUCGCGGGCCCUCCGGGUGCGGUUCGCGCCAAAGGCCGCGUUGGAGGUGAAGAAGCGAAGGUCCGCGACGCCCCGCACCAGCGCCUGCGACGCCGGCAGCAUCGUUUCGUCCCACGCCGCCAGAAAUUCGUCUUCGUCGUAGCACGCGACGGCGACGAAGAGGCUGCCGUUCAGCGGAGAGGCCGGCUCGUCGUUCACGAAGCCUGGCGCGACGGCCCUCGGCGGCGUGCGCGGCCGCCCGCCUUCGAGGGCUUGGGUCACGACUCUACAAGGGUCACGACGGCUACUACAAGGAGGGGCAUCUGAGUCUUUCUCAGGCUCGGCAGCGAUUAGCGGCAGUGUCAGCUAUAAUGUGAUUGCAAGGUACAUCAUAAUAUUAUGGGACUAUUCAUGGUUUCAAAGCUGCCCGCCGCAGCACCAUGAAGAAUCGCAUCUGUGCGGCAGUGUACACGAUUAUUUUGCGCGGGGGCAGCGUCUUGCAGC